AUGGGUGCUUCAUCUUCGACGGACAACAAAGAGUUAUCGGAGAAGCGAGAAAUCGAAAGCCUUGCUGCUUCAACCGGAGCUCUUCCUUUGCUUCAACGAUCUUUCUCCAAGCUCGCCGAUUCUCAGACCAGCACAGUUUCUUUUCAAUCAUUCAAGCAAAGUUUCUGCUUGAGCUACGAUACAACUACUACUGAAGGAGACCAGAAAGUUCCAGAUUCGUUUCCCAAAUUGUUGGAGCAUUUAGGAUCAUCUUUAGUAGAUUUGUUCUUCGUACCUGAGAAAGAAGGACUGAGUUGGGUCGAGUUCGCUAGAGGAUAUGUCAAAUGCUGCGGAAGAAUGUCUGCUUCAAUGUCUUUCAACACUUUGUUGAGAGUGUUUCAUCUGACAGCUAAAAACGCAGGCCUUUCUUCAAAGCUUGAGUUUGAAUCUGAUGAAGCUGAUUGUAAGAUCAACGGGUCGAUUUCGACUGUAGAGUUGCUUAUGUUUCUAUGGAUGUGUUGGACAAUGUCGUGGGAUGGUCGAAGCACAAAGUCAGCAGAGCUGUUUCUUCCGGAUAUUAGCCACUUGGUUCUAUCAGCACUUGUGUCUUGCACUGAAUCUGGAACCAGUUUAGAUGUUUGGGACUGUGAUGUUUUCGGAUUAGAACUCGAACUUCCUAUCGGAAAGUUUCUUACUUGGGCUUUGUCAACGAUUCCAAACAUCACUGAGUGCCUUUCUCACUUUUGUAACUCGAGGCUUCAACAUUCUUUAAAUGUAAAGGAUGGAUCUGGACCGUCAAAGUCAUCUGGUGGAGAUGAUUCUGCGUCCAAGACAUGUGAGAACACGCUUCUAACAUGUGGAAGGGCAUGGGCGAUCUCUUUGACGAGCAAAAAUACAAUAAACGAGGAGAUCUUGAGCUCUUGCUUUCCCUGCAAUAGCGAUGAGACCAAUGAACAUCUUCUUUACCGCUCAUACUAUCACGGGAAAGGCAUGAAUAGACUGUGGUCCAACGUUGAAGGGUAUCAUGCUCCGAUGCUAGUGAUGGUUUCUGCAAGCUGUGGAGUCGAUCAUGAAGGUAGUUCAAGCGAGAGGAAGUGGGUCAUUGGUGUAAUAUUGCAGCAAGGUUUUGAGAACAAAGAUGCAUUUUACGGAAGCUCUGGGAGCUUGUUCUCCAUUAGUCCGGUCUUUCACGCAUUCUCUUCUUCAGGGAAGGAGAAAAACUUUGCGUACAGCCAUCUUCAUCCUUCUGGUAGAGUCUACGACGCGAACCCUAAACCUGUUGGGAUUGGAUUCGGUGGAACACAAGGAAACGAGAGAGUUUUCAUUGAUGAAGACUUUGCUAAGAUCACAAUCCGUCAUCAUGCUGUUGAUAAAACUUACCAGCCAGGCUCUCUUUUCCCAAACCAGGGUUAUUUACCAGUAGAGGCUUCGGUGUUGGAUAUUGAAGCAUGGGCAUUAGGUGGAAAAACUGCCAAGGAGAUUCAAGAAACAUACAAGAAAAGAGAAGAGCUUUUCAAUGACCAACGUCGAAAGAUCGACUUGAAGACGUUUACGAAUUGGGAAGAUUCACCUGAGAAAAUGAUGAUGGACAUGAUGGGUAAUCCCGGUGCUCCUCAAAAGAGAAGAGAGUUAAAUGAAUGA